AUGGCCAACGAAGCAAGACUCUAAUCCUUACAAAAUUGGAAAGCCUCCCUUGAGUUAAAGAAAAUACUCGAUAGCCAAGGAAUUGAUCACCAAAAUUAAGAUUAUUUGGCUUAAUUGACUUAUAAGAUUGCAGAAAGAGCUUUUGGAAGCCAAAGCAAAAAUAAUCUUGAAAGCAAAGUGUGCCAGAUGGUGGAAUAACAAACUUGUGCAAUUUGCUUUGAACUCAUGGUACCUCCUUAGUAUUCUCCCAUCCUAUUAUUUCCAUGUGGACACUCAUUUUGUAAAUCUUGUGUUUUAGAUGGGACAAAGUUAAGAAUCCAGAAAUGCAGUCUUUGUAGGUCAAAAAUAAGUGCACAUGCAAUUAAUUUGGGUUUAUAAAAUUUAAUCUGCACCUUUGCAGAGUAGAAAUAGCAGAUUCCAAAAUAAACUGAAUAAAUGGCAGUUCAAGAUCACGCAACGAUGCCCAAAGAAAAUGCUUUCACUAAUCAAUACAGAAUGUUUAAGCUUAGAUGCGAUAUUCUUGAAUAGGAAAAGUAGCAGCUGCAAAUCUAAACUAAAGAGUUAAAAAAUGAAUUAGUGGAACUGGAAAGGAAGGUUGUAUCUUUGCAAUCAGAGAGGGAGAAGAUUAUCUCAAAAUAAGCCAUGCUUUAAAAUAAUUUAGAUUAAGUUAAUUAAGGACUUUAGACUAUUGUGGAUAGAAGUAAGGCCAUAACUGUAAAAAUAUAUAACAUAUAAGAAUAAAUGAAAAUUCUGGAUGAAACUAUGAAACCUCUUCAAUAGGAAAUGAAUAAAUAUGAAGUUUUGGCCAAAUCAGCUUGAUUGUUAUUAUAAAUAAAUUGCAAUCUCUAUUUA